UCUCUUUCACUUUUUAUACGAACAGCGUAGCUGAGAUCUGGGAGAGAUGGAGGUCUCGCUGACUGAACUGCACUUUGUGGACCAGCCCUCACUGCGGGAGCAGUUGAUCCAGAGGGUGACAUCGGUGGACCAGGUGCUGGACAAACUGUUUGGCAGCGUGCUGAGCCAGGAGCAGUACCAGCUCGUUCGGGCCGAGUCCACCAACCCCAACAAGAUGCGGACACUGUUCAGCUUCAGCCCUUCCUGGACCCAGAACUGCAAAGACCUGCUGCUGAAGGCCCUGAGGGAGAUACACGGGCCCCUGCUGAAAGAACUAGAGAGAUCCCCAGAGAUGCAGAGUCCACAGGAUGGUGCAGCCAUCAGGAAAAGGUACCGAGCCCGAAUGGAAGAAAAAUUCAGCCUUCUACGGGAACGCAAUGCUCGUCCCGGCGAGAGUGUAGUCUUACAACACAUUUUCACCCAGUUGUUGUGUCUCCCUGAACACCCCCAGAGGGAACAGAAAGAACAUGAGCUUCUGGCCGUGGGAUGGGAUCAUGCCAGGACCAUGGAGGAAAAGGGGCAGUUUGUGGAGGUGAAUGCUUUAUUCGGACCUGACAAGAUACGAUUCCGGCGGCCCAAGACCAUUGUGCUGCAGGGAGCUGCUGGGAUAGGGAAAACGAUGCUGGCCAGAAAGAUCAUGUUGGAUUGGGCCAAAGGAAACUUCUUUGAAGACAUAUUCCAGUUCGUUUUCUAUCUAAACUGCAGAGAAAUGAACCAAUUGAGUGAGAGGAGUUUGUCUGAUUUGAUUUCAGUUCAUUUGGGUGACCCACGGGCUUCAUUUGAUGAGAUUAUGUCCCAGCCGGAAAAACUCCUGUUCAUCGUGGAUGGUUUUGAUGAACUGAAGUGGUCCUUUGAAGAGCAGGAAUAUGACCUGUGUUACGACUGGAGUGAAAAGCGGCCAGUGCCGAUCUUAAUGAGCAGUCUACUGAGGAAGAUCCUGCUGCCCGAGGCCUACUUGCUGAUCACCUCAAGACUCACUUCUCUGGAGGCCCUCAAUAACUUAUUGCAACAUCCAUACCAUGUGGAGAUUCUGGGGUUUUCUGAGGCUGACAGGAAGGAAUAUUUCUGCAGAUAUUUUGGAGAUGAGAAUCAAGCCAUGCAAGCCUUCGAUUUGGUCAAAGACAAUGAAACUUUGUUCACCAUGUGCUUUGUCCCGCUGGUGUGCUGGAUUGUCUGCACUUGCCUGAAGCAGCAGCUGAAGUGCGGAAAAGAUCUCACACAAACCUCCCGGACCACCACAGACCUGUACGUCAACUACCUGGCCGCACUGUUCCCUGCUACCCAGGACCGUCCCAGUCAGGAUCCGCCCAUCCUGCGGAGGCUGUGCCAUUUAGCUGCAGAGGGAGUCUGGACCCAGAAGAUCCUGUUUGACGGAGAUGACCUCAGGAAGCAUGGUUUAGAUAUGUCCGAUGUCUCUCCUUUCCUGCAGCUGAGCAUUUUCCAGAAGGACAUAGACUGUGAAAACAGCUACAGCUUCAUUCACUUGAGUUUCCAAGAGUUUUUUGCAGCAAUGUUCUACGCAUUGGGGGCAGAGGAGGAAGCGAUGGAUGAUUCGAUCACUGACAUUGGAGAUGUGAAAAAGCUGCUAGAAGAGAAUGAGAAAAGCCAGUGGAAAGGGUUUUUAACAUUAACAGUGCGUUUCCUGUUUGGUCUCUUAAAUGAAGCGAGGGUGAAAGACCUGGAGAAAAAAUUUAACUGCAAAAUUUCGCAGGAAAUAAAAAAGGAAUUACUGCAGUGGAGUAAAGGUCAUUGUGAGAUCCUUGACCUGGAAACGUUGUUUGAUUGUUUGUAUGAAAUCCAGGAGAAGGAGUUCAUCAGAACUGUGAUGAACCGUUUCCAAAGAAUUCAUUUGGAAAUUGAUACCAGAAUGAAACUCCUGGUUUCUUCUUUCUGCAUCAAACACUGCCAAACAUUGCAGAGUAUUCGUAUAGGAGGUGGAGAUUUGGGUAUGACCUAUUUUGGAGAAGCUGGCUGUCCCAGGGUGAAGCAAGCCUGGAAGGAUCUCUUCUCUGGGCUCAGAACAAACCAGGACCUGACAGAGUUGACUUUUUCUAAAUUAUUCAUUGAAUCAGGGAUGGAGACUCUUUGUGAAGAAUUGAGACAUCCACAAUGGAAGAUACGGACAAUCAGAUUGGACUCCUGUGAUCUCACUGCUGCCGAUUGUCAGGGUCUUUCAUCUGCUUUCGCCAGCAACCAGAGCCUGAAAUAUCUGGACUUGAUUUUUGAUGACCCAGAAAACACAGGUGUAAAAUGGCUGUUUGAGGCACUGAGACACACAGACUGUUCCCUAGAGGCAUUGGGAUUGCAGCGCUGCCAUCUUACUGUUGCCAGUUGUAAGGACCUCUCCUCUGCCCUCGCCAGCAACCAGAAACUGAAACGUCUGUACCUGACUAACUGUGACCUGAAUGCCAGAGCAGUGAAAUCACUUUGCGAGGGGCUGAGACAUCCAAACUGUUCCCUAGAGAUAUUGGGGUUGCAGUCCUGUGGCCUCAGGGAUGCCUGUUAUGAGGAUCUGUCCUCCAUUCUCACUGGCAACAAGAAACUGACACGGCUGGACCUGUUCGGGAAUCUUCUGAGUGAGUCAGUGAAACAGCGGCUACAAAAUGACUCAAAACAUGCAAACUUCAACUAUGAAAGGAAAAGGUUUUGAGGAGCCCCAUUCGCUGUCCCCUUGCAUUGCUGCAACACCCCUGCUGCCACUCCUGUGUGCCUGGAGCCCAGCCAUCUCCCCACAGGUGCAGGUGGUAACGGGGAUGAGGCUGCCCUGUCUGCUGGCCCGGAGCCGGCUCCUGCUGCAGGAAGCCUGCGGACACACACACACACACACACACACACACACACAGUGCUCCCACCCACCAAGACCCUGGUCACAUGGCUUCAUGAACCGCUCUUUCCCUGCUCUCCCUCCAGGCUUCUCCACCAGCCCCCACCACUUAAAAUUAGUCAAAGAAUCAAGCAAUCAUACUUAUUCAGUGCUUACUGUGUGUGGAGCACUGUACUAAGUGCUUGGGAGAGUACAAUAAUAUGGUGU